AGAGUCUGAGUGGUGGGUGUCAGUAAACAGAAGCAGCGUGUUGUGGUCAUUUCGAGCUGUGCGGUCGGGCCACCAACUCCAUCUGUGGCAGGGAGGCGAGCUGCACCAGUUGCGAGACUGCUGCUGUUCCUCUUUGGUGGCUGGUUGGUGACAUUGGGAGGAGACCGCUCCGAGGGAGUGAGCCUAAGACGAGGAGGAAGAGAGGCAGGGCGUUGGGGGUGGGGACGUGGCGACAGUGCCAGGGGGCGUGUGAGCUGCGGGCGAGGAGCAACUUCUCCCGGGCGCGCGCUGCGGGGCGGCGGGCGGAGCGUGAGCUGCCAGCCCAGAGCAGGGAGCGGGGAGCGGGGAGGCUCGGCCCGCGCCCUGCACGCUACCAUCCUCCGGGUUCCCAGCCCCGGGUGCUGAGCUCGCCGCUAUAAAUAGCAGGUUACAGCUUCUGCUUGGGCGCACACGCUUUCACUGGAGAACGCAGGAAAGUCAUCCUGAAAAGUGUCUGCCGCUGCUAUCGCCCCCUACUCAGCCUCUGCAAGAGAACCCAAAGAAAUGGUGUCACCUGGCAAGAGAUCUGCCGUGUUUCAUGAAAAAACAGCCCAAGAGCCCUAAAACCAGCGAAACAAUAAUCAAAGGUACAAGGUGUUGAAGAACACAACCUAUAUCAGAUGCUGACCAAAAUCAACUUGAGGAGGGGUUUACUUCAGUGUAUAUGUGCCGAUCAUAGGAUCCAUAUCAAGAAUUUCACAGUGGACUAUUAAUGUGAAGAUACGCCAACGUUAAACCGGAGCUCAUUAUUUGGUACCAUUUGAAAAAGACACCGUGGAGAAUAGGUCCGUUGUGAGGUGGAUCAUGGAAAUCAAAGAGGAAGGAACAUCAGAAGAAGGCCAGCAUUUUCUUCCUGCAGCUCAGGCAAAUGACCCUGAGGACAUUCAGUUUACCAGCAUCCAGAAGAUUCCGAACGAGCCACAGUUGGAAUUCAUUCUCGCCUGCAGGGAUCUUGUGGCUCCUGUCAGUGAUCGGAAACUGAAUACAGUAGUCCAGAUCUCAGUAAUCCACCCGGUGGAGCAGACCCUGACGAGGUACUCCAGCACAGAAAUUGUGGAGGGAACAAAAGACCCACUGUUCCUAACGGGUGUCACAUUCCCACCGGACUACCCCAUCUAUGAAGAGACAAGAAUAAAACUGACAGUCUACGAUGUCAAGGAUAAGUCUCAUGAUACUAUUCGAACCAGUGUCCUUCCGGAACACAAGGAUCCCCUGCCAGAAGUUGCGAGAAGCUUCCUGGGCUGUGCCAGUUUUAAAGUUGGGGAGCUGCUGAAGUCCAAGGAGCAGCUGCUGUCCCUGAGCCUGAGAACCUCAGAUGGUGGCAAAGUGGUCGGCACCAUAGAAGUCAGCCUCGUGAAGAUGGGAGAGAUUGAGGAUGGGGACACCGACCACAUCACAACAGAUGUGCAGGGACAAAAGUGUGCACUAAUGUAUGAAUCCACAGCACCAGAAAGUCUGAGCGGGAAGGAAAACUUACCUUUUAUGAAUGCAGUCUUAAGGAAUCCUGUGUGUAAGCUGUAUAGAUUCCCCACAUCUGACAAUAAGUGGAUGCGAAUCCGUGAGCAGAUGUCAGAAAGCAUCCUUUCUUUUCAUAUUCCUAAGGAAUUGAUUUCCCUUCACAUAAAAGAAGACUUAUGUAGAAACCAGGAGUUAAAAGAACUUGGUGACCUUUCCCCACACUGGGACAACCUACGGAAAAAUGUCCUUUCUCACUGUGAUCAAAUGGUGACUAUGUACCAAGACAUUCUGACAGAACUUUCCAAAGAAACAGGGUCCUCUUUCAAAUCCAGCAGCAGCAAAGGAGAGAAAACAUUAGAAUUUGUUCCAGUAAAUCUACACUUGCAACGGAUGCAGGUGCACAGCCCUCACCUGAAAGAUGCUCUCUAUGAUGUCAUCACUGUGGGGGCCCCAGCUGCCCAUUUUCAGGGAUUCAAGAACGGUGGUCUUCGUAAACUCCUCCAUAGGUUUGAGACAGAGAGAAGGAACACCGGCUACCAGUUUAUUUACUAUUCACCUGAGAACACAGCGAAGGCAAAGGAAGUUCUCAGCAGCAUCAAUCAGCUACAACCUCUCAUAGCAACUCAUGCAGACCUGCUGCUAACCUCUGCCAGCCAGCGUUCUCCAGACAGCCUGAAGAGCUCUUUAAAGCUGCUUUCAGAAAAAACUGAGCUUUUUGUCCAUGCCUUCAAGGACCAGCUGGUCAGGAGUGCUCUUUUAGCUCUCUACACUGCAAGGCCAGGAGGCAUCCUUAAGAAGCCACCCUCUCCUAAUGUCAGCACAGAGGAGAAAAGUACUCAGCAUGAUACCCCACAGCUUAGAAGACAAGACUCCAUACCACAUCAUUCUGACUAUGAUGAAGAAGAGUGGGAUAGGGUGUGGGCCAACGUGGGGAAGAGCCUGAACUGCAUUAUCGCUAAAGUAGACAAACUGAUCGAGAGAGACAGUCACAACGAAGAAGGUGCUGGAGGCAGCAGUAGCAAGGAUGGAGAGGCAGACCAUACCCUGGAAGAUUCCAUCACAUCUCACCCACGUGAGGACUGGUAUGAACAGCUGCACCCACUCAUCCUUACCUUGAAGGAGUGCAUGGGAGAAGUGGUGAACCGAGCAAAGCAAUCCCUGACAUUUGUACUGCUUCAGGAACUGGCCUACAGUCUGCCCCAGUGUUUGAUGCUGACUCUGAGAAGAGACAUUGUCUUCAGUCAGGCGCUUGCUGGAUUGGUUUGUGGUUUUAUCAUCAAAUUACAUACAAGUUUGCAUGACCCUGGCUUCCUACAGCAGCUUCAUACAGUGGGCUUGAUAGUACAAUACGAAGGACUGCUAAGUACUUACAGUGAUGAAAUUGGAAUGCUGGAGGACAUGGCAGUCGGCAUUUCAGAUUUGAGGAAAGUUGCAUUUAAAAUAACUGAAGCCACGUCCAAUGAUGUCCUUCCUGUUCUCACGGGGAGACGGGAACACUAUGUGGUGGAGGUCAAGCUUCCAGCUACAGUAUUUGAGUCGCUCCCACUGCAGAUUAAAGAAGGCCAGUUGCUUCAUGUGUAUCCCGUUCUGUUUAAUGUCGGAAUCAAUGAGCAGCAGACUCUGGCUGAGAGGUUUGGAGAUGUUUCUUUGCAAGAAAGUAUUAAUCAAGAAAAUUUUGAACUUGUACAAGAAUAUUAUUCAAUAUUUAUGGAAAAGAUGCCUCCUGAUUAUAUUUCACAUUUUCAAGAACAAACUGAUUUAAAAGGACUGUUGGACAAUCUCCACCAAAAUAUUCAAGCCAAAAAAAGAAAGAAUGUAGAAAUCAUGUGGCUGGCAGCAACGAUUUGUCGGAAACUCAAUGGCAUUCGUUUUACCUGCUGUAAAAGUGCCAAAGACAGGACAUCGAUGUCGGUGACACUGGAACAGUGCUCCAUCCUGAGAGACGAGCAUCAACUGCACAAAGACUUUUUCAUCAGAGCUUUAGAUUGCAUGAGAAGAAGCACAGAAAAGAGCUGAAUCCAAAGGACAAAAGAAAAGGACAGCAAUUUCUUUUGACACUGGGCAUUCUUUGAAAAAAAAAAGGUGAGUAUGUCUUAAUGAGAGAACUGAUUUUUUUUCCUCUUUGAGAUCUGAAUAAGACAUGGACAUCUAUUCUUAGUUCUAAUUGGAAUUUCACUGAAGGUUCUAGCCAUACAUAUCAGUGAAAACACACAAAAUCUAACACACAAACUUUAAAUUAUCUCUAUCUGCAGAAAAAACAACUAUGUAGAAUUGUAGUGAACUGUAUAUAAAUCAAAUGAUACAUGAACUUAACAACAUUGAAGAACUCAAAAUGGAUGGUAGAUUGAUGAAAACUAUAGAUAAAUAAUUACCUAUACUAAGUUGUUCUAAUUAAUCAAACCCACAUUAAAUAAAAAGAGCAUUUAGAAAAAAAAGUAGCUAGAUUUUCACUAAGUGGUGCUAGAACAUAUUUAUGAAUAGUAAAUGCUCACCACUACAUCAAGUUGCAUACACUUCACUAAAAAUAUAAACCCUAAGCAAAGUGCUAUAGAAUUACAAGAGGAAACAAAAAGAAAUGAGUUUCGAUAUUUAGUGAGGCAAAGAGACCUUAGAUAUAUCAAAAAACAAAUUAUGAAAGUACAAUAAUGGAUCAAUUUAGUUUCAUUGAAAUGAGAAAUAUGUGUUCUACCAUCAACAUUAUUGACAGAUAGAACAUCUUUCCUAUUGGAAAAAAAUGCAUGCAAGUUACACACCACCAAUGACUUGUAUUUACAAAUAUAAACAAACUUCAAUAUUAAUCUAUAAGAAAAUAAACCAGUCAAAUAAAAGUGUCACAAGCAAAUCAGCUGACAUGACACAUUUUACAAAGGAGAUUUGUAGUUCAAUGUUAAGAACAUAAACAGAUAAUUAGAUAAAAAUCAAAAGUAGUUCUACAGAAAAGCACAAAGAGAGCCACAUGUUCAUAUAUUGUUGCAAUAGAAAAUUCAAAGUAGAGCAUCUAGGUUUGAGUAUUAUUUUAGUUUCUUAUAAUAUUGAAAUUAUGUCUACACAUACUAUAGACACUUCACUAAGUUAUUUGCCAUAGAGAAACAAAAACAUGCAUUUAUAUAAAAACAUAAAUAUUUGUUAGCAUUAAUUAUAAUUUUAUAAAUAUAAUUCUAGUUUCCCAAACCAGAAUUUUUUUUCCAUUUUUAUUAGGUAUUUAGCUCAUUUACAUUUCCAAUGCUAUACCAAAAGUCCCCCAUACCCACCCCAAACCAGAAUUUUUAACACAUCCUUCAGCCAUUAAAUGGAUAAAGAUGUCAUCAUACAUGUGUUCCUUGAAUAACAACCAGUAACUAUACUAACUCAAAGAUGUCCAAUAUAGUCAAGGGAAGUAUAGGGUAGGAGUGACUUGGGAGGAAGACAGGAGGGGAGAUGGAAAAGAGGGGCAGAAUCAAGUAUGGAAGGAGAUGGAGGAGAUGUACAGAGGGUCAGGAAAUUGAACAGAGGUGUGUAUCAAUGGGGGAUGGGGAACUGGGGGUAGUAACCAAGAAGUACCAGAUGCCAGUAAAGCAAGAGCCUCCUAGGACACUAUAGGGAUGACAUUAGCUGAAAUACACCAUCAAGGGGAGGGAGAACCUGUUGAGACCAUAUCUAGAUGUUAGGCAUGGCCCCUGGUUGAGGGAUGGGGUCACCCAGAAUUGUUCCUGUCUAAAGGAAAUACAGGGACAAAGAGUGGAUCAGAGACUGAAGGAAAGGCCACCUGGGAAUCCAUCCCACAUGCAGACACCAAACCUAGCCACUAUUGCUGAUGCCAAGAAGUACUUGCUGACAGGAUCCUGAUACAGCUGUCUCCUGAGAGGCUCUGUCAGGUUCUGACCAGUACAGCUGUGGAUGCUUGCAGCCAACCAUCAGACUGAGCACAGGGACUCCAAUGGAGGAGUUAGGGGAAAGACUGAAGGAGCUGGAGGGGCCUUAUCUGGCAUCAAUGGGAGGGGAGUCCCUUGGUCCUGUGAAGGCUUGAUGCCCCCAGUAUAGAGGAAUGCUAGGGCAGUGAGGCAGGAGUGAAUAGGUGGGUGGGGGAGCACCCUCAUAGAAGCACAGUAUUGGGGCAUGCAAUAGGGGGUUUGCUGAGGGGAAACUGGGAAAGGAGAUAACAUUUGAAAUGUAAAUAUAUAAAAUAAAAUUUAAAACAAGAAAGCAAAUUAGAUUGUGCCUUCAGUGUAAUUUAGUUUUAGAGGAAUGGAUUCAUAUUACUGAAUUGGAAUAUCACCUUGAUUAUUAUGUUAUUUCAUUGCAUUUAUUAUGUUUCUAUUUUAUUUAAACACUGUCAUGCAGCACAUAAUGUUUUGUCUGAUGAGGGGCCCUUCUCAGAAGGGCAAUCACAUACAACUUGACUCCCUGGUGACAUGAAAGAUCUUAGUUUCUGUAAGGCAUCUUAUUAUGUUCUCACAUUCAAAAUUGCCUUUUAAUGUAGUUCUUGGAGAGUAUCUCCAUCUUUGAGUUAUGAAUAAACAUUUAUUAAUGUAAUAUACUACAUAUAUAUGACUUAUGAAUAAAUGGAGGUUUCAAGUUAGUGGAAAUUAUAUCAUCAUAAUGACAUAAUGAUAAUAGCAAGGUAUUCUUCAAACUCACCAGAUUCUGCAUUUUAAACAAGUUUCAUAUACUGUAUAAAAAUUAUCCUUCUGUGAAACCCUUUCAACUCAAUAUUCAAAAGUAACCAACUCACCUGUCAUCAUUAUUUUACAUGUUUUUCAAUAAGUUGUCCAAUCCAAUGGCACAGACUUGUCAAAAAAUCAAAACACAAGCUCUUAAUAAUAAAAGCUAGUUUAGCCUUAAAGACACAUUUAUGCUGAUGUAUAAGAUGUGGACACUGAUAUAGCAUGCUUUUGGCAGCUAACAGUAAAAUAAGAUUGUUAAUAAAUAGACCAUUCAAGAUGAGAGCUUCAAAAUUACAAAUAAAUAUAUUUACUCACUAUGGGAAUUUCUAAAACAUAACCAUAGUAAUAAAUAUGAGAGAACACAAACGAAUAAAGUAAUAGAUAAGUUAAUAAUGUAUUUAAAUCAGAUAGAUAGAUAUAGAUUAGAAAUAGAUGUAGAUACAGAUAUAGGUAGAUAUAUUCUUUCAUAUGUAUGAAUAGUGGGUUACAACACUAUUUUUAGUUCACAAAAGAACAUUCUCCAGGAUAGACCAUAUGUUGUAAAACAAACAAGUCUUAACAAUUUGGAGAACAUGGAAAUGAUUCCAAGUAUUGUUUCUGACAAAAAUGUUAUGAAACAAAAAAUCAUAAUGGGAGGAAUUUUGGAAGAUCUACAAAUAUGUGGAAAAUAAACAAUAUACCAAUUAAGCAAUUAAAUAAAAUUAAACCGUAAGUCAAAUGACCACAGAAAAAUUCAAGAGGACCAUUUAAAAGUUAUUUUAGAUAAACAACCAUAUUAACACAUUAUACCAAAAACAAAACAAAACAAAACAAAACAAACGUGGGCUAAGGUCAAAGGGAAUAAAAGAGGGACAAUUUUAACAAGAGGAACCUGCAUCAAAUAACAAAAAUAUUUCCAAUAAGUGGCCUAACAUUAUGCUCAAGGAAUUAGAAUAAAGAAAAACAAAGUAAAUGAAAACCAGAAAUGUUAGUAAAUAAUAAAGAUCCAAAUAAAACAAAUUUGAUAUAGGAAAAAAUCUAGAAGAUGAAUAAGCCUAAACAUGUUGUUUUAAAAAUUUAAGUAAUCAACCAACAAAUUUCCAGGUAAGUAUAGCAACAACAACAACAACAACAACAAACCUCUAGAACAUAAAAUUCAAAGGAAAGAUGCAAAUACCAUGAAGUGCCUCUGAAAUAAAAUGGUUCAUAAAGCACGAUUACAAAUAUAUACCCAACUCAGUAACACACACAGACUGCCAGGGGGCGGGGGUGGGGGGAACAGCAACCUAAUGAAGCUGUUGACUCGAUAAGAAACUGAAACCUUGUAUCCACCAGUAGAAACAGAUUGAAGUAACAAUUAAAAACCCAGAACCCUAAAGGAGAAGAAAGAAAAGAAAAAAGAAAAGAAAGAAAACAAGUAUAUGUGGUAUUGUUUCCUUUUAGAUUUGACACAAGUCAUGUUCAUCGAAUCAGAGUUGGGCUCCUUUGGUAAAGCUGCUCCCAGUGGCAGCAUGGUUCUCCCUAAGCCUUGGUCUCCUCUGCUCAGUGAUCAUCUGUGGCCGAGUUCUGAACAGACACGGGUACAGAGAUGAUAACAAUAACCAGAGGGGUGGACACCACCACCGCAGAGCACUUUGAAAUUGUAUUUUACAAAAGGAAGAAGGGCAAUGACAAUUUCGGUGUAGGAUGGUACACAAGAACCCCAUUGCUCAAAGAGGCAGGGAGUAGGUACAUGAAAUAGACACUCAAAGUGUUUAAAUGAAUGCACAGGAAAGGGUUGUCCCAAAUCUAAAUACAUGAUAAGCCCUGGAAACAUGGUACCUUUUAGCAUAUACAGGGGAAUGGAGGGACCUUAGUUGCAUAUCAUUAUGGAAAAUUAGGCACUCUAAAAAACCUGCAUAUUCCAUGAUUCUUAUUUUAUAUCAUGAGUUUUUGAUCACAGAAAGCAAAAUGAAAGAGAAAAUGUAAAUGUCAUAGGCAUAAGCUUGAGCAGAAAUGCAGAGGAUUCUUAAGGCAGUGAAAUUGUCCUGCCUUACAAUAACUGGCCCAAGUUGAGAUGCAUUCUAUGGGCAAGCACCAACCCCUGACACUAUUAGUGAUACUCUUGUUAAGCUAACAGAAAGAAGUCUAGCAGCUAUCCUCUGAGAGGCUUUACCUAGCAGCUGACUCAAAGGACACAGAGACGCAUAGCCAAACAGCAGAUGGAGCUUGGAGACUCUUAUGGAAGAGUAGAGAGAAAGAUUGCAUGCCUCAAAGGAGAUAGGAACCCCACAGGAAGACCAACAGAGCCAACUAAACUCUUAGAGACUGAACCACCAACCAAAGA